GCGGCGGCGGCAAGGGGGCGGGCGGCGGCCGCAGGCUGCCGACGUGCGCCGAGCACGACCUGGAGAACUACAGCAUGUACUGCGUGAGCUGCCGCAGCCCCGUCUGCUACCGGUGCCUGGAGGAAGGCCAGCACGGCAAGCACGACGUGAAGGCCCUGGGCGCCAUGUGGAAGCAGCACAAGGCACAGCUGUCUCAGGCUUUAAACGGUGUUUCAGAUAAAGCAAAGGAAGCUAAAGAAUUUUUGGUUCAGCUGAAAAAUUUAUUGCAACAGAUCCAGGAGAACGGGUUGGAUUAUGAAGCCUGUCUUGUCGCUCAGUGUGAUGCCUUGGUUGAUGCAUUAACGCGACAAAAGGCAAAACUGCUCACAAAGGUGACCAAAGAACGUGAGCACAAGCUGAAGGUUGUUUGGGACCAGAUAAAUCACUGUACACUCAAGCUACGCCAGUCAACAGGGCUUAUGGAGUACUGCCUAGAAGUUAUCAAAGAAAAUGAUCCCUCUGGGUUUUUACAGAUUUCGGAUGCUUUAAUCAAGCGUGUUCAGGUAUCUCAGGAACAGUGGGUCAAAGGAGCCUUGGAGCCAAAAGUGUCUGCUGAGUUUGACUUGACUUUGGAUAGUGAACCUUUACUGCAGUCGAUUCACCAGCUGGAUUUUAUUCAGAUGAAAUUUCCUGUUACAGUGCCACCCGUCCCAUUACUGCAGCUGGAGAAGUGUUGCACCAGAAACAACAGUGUGACAUUGGCCUGGAGGAUGCCGCCUUUGAGCCACAACCCAGUGGAGGGUUAUAUCUUGGAACUUGAUGAUGGAGAUGGUGGCCAAUUCCGAGAAGUAUAUGUUGGCAAGGAAACUCUCUGCACCAUCGAUGGCCUUCAUUUCAACAGUACCUAUAAUGCAAGAGUCAAAGCUUUCAACUCAUCGGGAGUUGGUCCUUACAGCAAGACAGUUAUUUUACAGACAUCAGAUGUGGCGUGGUUCACCUUUGACCCCUCCUCAGCUCACAGAGACAUAGUGCUGUCGAAUGACAACCAGACUGCCACCUGCAACAGCUACGAUGACCGAGUUGUUCUAGGCACAGCAGCCUUCUCCAAGGGCAUUCAUUACUGGGAACUGCAUGUGGACCGGUAUGACAACCAUCCAGAUCCAGCCUUUGGUAUUGCCAGGAUUAACGUUGUCAAGGACAUGAUGCUAGGCAAGGACGACAAGGCAUGGGCCAUGUACGUUGACAACAACCGCAGCUGGUUCAUGCAUUGCAAUUCUCACACCAAUCGGACUGAAGGAGGAGUUUCUAAAGGUGCCACCGUUGGUGUUCUCCUGGAUCUGAACAAGCACAACCUGACCUUUUACAUAAAUGGGCAGCAGCAAGGGCCCCCUGCAUUUGAAAACAUCGAAGGUGUCUUCAUGCCUGCACUGAGCCUCAAUCGAAACGUCCAGGUGACCCUGCACACGGGACUGGAGGUGCCACAAUGUGUAAAACAGCCCAAGUUGCCCAACAACUAAUGAAGCCCCUGCCCAACCCUGUGCUGGAUUCUGUAAGAUUUCUCAGUGUGAUUUGGCACUUUUCAGUAAGUCAGUAACAAAGCAUUCUCUUCCCUGACUUAAAACAUUGUACAGCAUGUUGAUCACCAAAUAGUCUGCUGGUUACAACAAGGCCACUCCAUUUUUUAUUUAACAGUCAUAGCAAGCAUACCCACUGAACUGGCACUCAGCUGCAGAUGGGUACCUGAACAUAUCUACACUGAAUUUCAUACAUAUGUACACACAUGUACACACACACACACAUACAUUUAUAAAACAAAAGCUUAAAUGGGUGUAUUUUCUCUCUCAUGUCUGGAUUUGUGCUUAAAAGAUAUUAUGGAUGCCAGAAAAAAAUGGGUAAGAUUAAGACUGAAGGACGGUGGCUGUUGGAUCAAUUUACCAGUAGCUGAACUGGUUUUCCUUGCCAAAGUCCUUACAUCAAGAAAGCAUGUAUUUUGACAGCUGAAGUGGAGGUUGUGUGCUCAAGAAUUCCUGGUUGUCCAUUACAUUCAGGGGCUCAAAUGACCAUUAAUUAUUCCUUCUGGCUCUAGACUGCAGUAAGCUAUGGGAUAAUGUUCCCCUAGAAUUCAAUGGCAGAAUUUAUCUUGUUAUCGUCAAUGAGAGUAAGAUUAGUUUCCAAAUACUGUCAUGUAAUAGUUGCACUCAUUUUAGCUAACACUGUGAUACAUGCAGGAUUCAGAUAUGGAAAGCAGAGAGAAAAAUACCCUUGAUACAUUUUAGUGUUUGUUAUUUAGGUGUGAUAUGGGGACUAUCACAUACACAAGAUCUGAUUGUGGUUAUCAGCACAAUUUUUGAAAAAUGGCGCAGGAGAGACCCCUUUGAGUUGAACUGAUAAGUGUUUUAUUUAGAUAUGGCACAUGCAGAGUAUCCCAUUUCUAGCUUUGAUCCUGAUAAACCCUGGGUAGUUGUAGUUCCAAUGUAGCUUUGAGAUCAGAAGCCUUAAUUUUCUAUUAGAUUAGAUGAAGCACUUGAGCGAAAGAGAUUCAUAGCAUUAAUGUGAAAUCCAUCUCUAAGAAUUUUUCUGGAUUGGGCCAUAAAUCUUUUCCAAGACUUACCUGUGUCUGGCGUCUCCCAUGAAAACAAGCAGCUGUUUCAGGUGCUGCCCAUGACAAUUGGAAUCUGACAGGGAACUUUUCCCACAGCCAUGGCACUGUCACUGGUGUGCUGUUGUCAGAAAACACAUUGAUUGGUGUAUGUGUACUUUUUCUCUGAACCCAGUUAACAUAUGCAAGUGUGUGUGUACAGCGAUAAUGUGUAAGGACAAGAUGCAGCAGACUGUGUGAGCCCAUGACAUCUCAGACUGUCACGUAAUCCUGCAUAAGCGUGGUGCUAUAAAACAAGAAAAACAUAAACUUAAAUCCCACUUACUUUCUUUUUUAAAUCCUGCUGCUUAUACAAAUUUUCCUUUCCAAACAUACGUAUACACACACGCAUAUUGUUAUCAGAUGUGUAAUUAUUAAAUGUGAGAACAAAUAUUCUAACCAAAAUCCAGUUUACUGCCUUGCAUUAAACCACAGCCACAGGACAAACAGCCCAGACCUGCCUCUGGGCAGCCUGCUAGCCCUCAAGCAUCCUGCUGCAGGGCCACUUCUGGUCUCUGGCCAGAGCACAUCACUCAGGUAGUGCUGAGUGCUGGCAAGGCUUCCCUGUGGCAGAAUGGCCAGGGUCCUCCCUGGGGUCAUCCCACCUCACAGCUGUUGUGGGGAGGGGGAGGCAGCCCAGAAUGAAACGGUCCUGGCGUAUUGCACAGACAAAAAGCAGUCUGCCAUCACGCUGACUGUAACCAACCAACCCUCCUGUAGCCCACCUCACCUGCACAACAGUAGUGACUUUUCAGUGAUGUCAGGACUGAAAUAGGAAAUAAAACUGUGGAUGGGGAAAAAAUAAUGUAAGCUUUUAAGUGGGAAAGCAACAGUACUUUCUUCAAAGUCUGGAAUGGAUUGUAUUAGUAAACUUGUAGACAUUGGAAUAACUGUGAUAUGCUCAUCUUGGUUUCUUAAAGAAUAGCAGAGACAUACUGUGUUAUAUUUUUCAGUUUUGUUUAAUACCAUAUGAACUCAUGCAGGAUUUUCUAAUUAGCGGGUCUGUUUUAACCUACCUCAGCUAGAAUGCUACCAGAUCCCUAAUUUCCUCUUGAGUGUGCUCUUCUAUAAACCUAACAGUUGUAAUCAUAGCACUGGCUUUGAGUAUUGCCAGUCAGAGCAGUGUAUGGGAAUACUGUGUAUGUACAUAAGUUGCACAUAGUUUUUUAUAUUGGGAAACAUCCUGUGAUAAUUUUAAUAGAGAAGGCACUCCACUUUCACUUGUUGCAUUAAAAACAAAAGGGUGUUGUUUGUUUUGGGACUGAACCUUUGUCUUUACUCCCAGCUUCUGUGAAGGAAACUCAAAUGAAUUUACAUCUUUCCAAUCUUCAACUAUUGCCAGGUAUUUAAAAUUAAUUCUGAAUGGGUUUUAGAAGUGUUUGCAGUACUUGGUUUUGGUUUUCAUAGUUGCUUUGGUAUCAGUUCCUGGUGUGUUAUACCUUGGGGAGAACACAGUGAGUGAUACAGGUUACUAAUUUCUAAUGGAAAUACUGACGGUAGGUAAGGACAUACAUGAGCUGUAGAGAAGCUCAUUUGUUGUCCUCUACACAUUAUAACAUUCAUAAAAGUAGGGUAGAGACUAGCUACCAUUACAGUCUUCUUUUAACCUAGCAGAAAUGCAAAUAAAAUAAAAGGAAUACAGUUAGAAGUAGGUAACCUGCAUUAGUAAGACUAAUUUAAACUAGGUCAAAAACUAAACAGAGUGGUUGUAUAUAUUGAUUGUGUACACAUUAAAGGGCUUGCGUUUGUCAUGACUCAUAGCAGUAAAACAAUUACCCCAAUAGAGUGUAGUCUCAUGACUUCAGCUGGAUUACAUUUUGAUGGUUUGAUUAACAGAAAUAAUGCUUAAGUAGUUAGAAUUAUGCUAGGAAACUACCUACUCCACAUGUGAAUAUUUAUACAGAGCAUCCAGAUGGCAGUGGCCAUCUGAACAUAGAGCAGAAUUUUCCCUUUGCAAAACAGAACCAGGUGGGAAGAAGUGGGGCACUUCCAUCCUGAGAGUGGUGGAGGUAGUUUGCUUCUCUGCAGGUAACUCCCACAAGGUCUGUCUCAUAAACCCAGCAGUUUGCAUGUUCUUCAUCUUCAGCAUCACUUCUGCCAGCUUUUGUUUCCUCCAAAUCCCUUCUUUAGGAGGGAGUCAGCCUUUAGUACUAUGGUCCUUGCAGAAACUGUUGCUGACUGUCCAGGGAGAACCUGGGGGGCUGAUGAGUAGCAUAGAUAACCAAGGGGACCACUUUGGAUGCUCUUGCUUCCUUCUGAUUCCUUGGGGUAUUUGAACAGCUCUCUGGGAUGAAAAGCAUCUCUGGCACCUGGGCCCACACAGAGUUGCAUUUCAUGGGAUUUUUCUGCUCCUAGAGGCCAUGCUGCUCCUUAUAAGCAGGAGAGCAGAAACUUUUGCAUGGGGAUGAGUCCCAUCUGCUAUGGUACAGAGACCACACAAGGUAGCUGUAAAUUGACUUAAUAUUAAAAAAAACAACAAAAAACCCCCAACCCACAAACAAACAAGCCCUCCUCUAAUAAACUUCUGCACACACCAAUCUGGAACCUCUGCACAGCUGCUAAAUAAAUACAGCAGGCAAGCUUUCUGUUCUACAGAGCAACAAGGGGGUCUUAGUUUUCGUCUACCCUUGUGAACCUUCUUCCUGGCUCUUUGCUCUGCAGAUUGCCCUGCUAAGUUUAGUGGGAACAAACAGAAGCAGUGCCAUCAGGAGCACUGUCAGACUUCCGAAGGCGUGCAAUGCUACAAAAUUUCCCCUCCCUUCUUUUCCCCAUCAACUCAAAAAAAAGCUCACAAGAAAGUCUCUUACUAAGACAAUGUCAAUAUGAGCACAGGCCUAGUUGACAAUCCCUUAGUACUUCUGUUGUGGAAAGGUAUGUGCUAUAAAAUAAAUGUCAGUAAGGACAGCAGGAUACUGUGAUGUAUCAUGAAUUUGAAAAGUAAUUUGGCUUCUAAAAAACAUAGAAAAGAUAGGCAAAUAGUACUGUCACCUCCUAUACUUGCCUAUUCAGUUAAGAUACAUAAAGGAAAAUAUAUUGGACUGAACAAAAUAAAUAAAAUUUUAAAAGCAUAAGCUUACAUAUAUCAGAGUUUAAGAGGAAAAGUAUUAAAAUGUAAUUUACUAUAUGCAUAAUGUUCCAUCAUGUUGUAAAUAAUGCCAUGAUAGUGUAUUGUUGUAGUUUGUUCUUGGCUGGUGAUAGAGUUCUGUCAUAGUGCUGCGUAAGCUUUUAUUUUAUUUUUCCCCAAAGUGUAGUUAGUAAAGAUGGCAGAGAGCACCCAAUACUCUGGUUUCCAAGUUGUUCUAAAGCAAGAAGAAAUGAGAGGUGCAGCUUUUCUUUGUUUCUUUCUUACAUAAUAACAUUACUUAAGGUAAGAGAGAGAGGAGAUCGAGGCUAAGCUGCCACUACAUGGAAAACACCGUGUUUGCAACUGCCAACAAGAGGUGGUGCAUUUCUGGACCAUUCAAUUACCCAUUCCUGGGAGAAAGGAUGCAAACCUGGUAACAGUAGCUUUCUGGUGCCAUCUGGUACAUCCUUUGCUCACAAACAGAAAGAUGAGAAAAGAGAGGUGUUAGACCUCAUCUCAGGCCUUAUCACCUUUACAGCAUUCUGCUUAAAUAGCAAAGUCAACAAUUCAACUUUGAACCAGGCAAGAUAAUAUGGAAACCCCAAGAAUCUUGGCUAGAUCAACUUUGGAAAGAAGAUUACACUUUCAAGUCCUUCAACAGGUUAUGGUAACAAAUCAGCCACAUUGCAAACAUAAAGGGCACUUGUCACUGAAAAUUACCAAACAAAGGUGGAGAGUCUUUUUUUUAAAAUUUUUUUUUU